GCAACUCACAACCAUACACCAUUGAAUUAAAACCAACCUUAUGGCAUCACCAACAAAACCUCACAAGAUACUAAAAAAAGCCCAAAAACAUGUUAUCUCUCUGCAUAUAAAAUAAAUAAGAGACCAAACCAAAGAAGGAAAAUUAAGGUAGAGGUUAAGCAAAUUAAACAAAUAAACAUUUGCGAGCAAAGAAAAAAAAUGACGGAUUCAAUUCUUAGUCCAAAAGCCACAACUUCUCCAAACAACAUUUUCAUACUCGCAGGCCAAAGCAAUAUGGCUGGUCGAGGAGGGGUUUCACAAGAUCCAACCACAGAAAAAAUGGUAUGGGAUGGAUAUAUCCCGCUCGAAUGCCAAUCCAACGACUCGAUCUUUCGAUUGAAUGCUGAUAUGGUAUGGGAAAAAGCCCAUGAACCACUCCAUUGGGACAUUGAUGUUGUAAAGACCAAUGGGAUUGGACCUGGCAUGCCCUUUGCUAAUGAGCUUUUGGCUAUAGGUGGGAAGAGGGCUGGUGCCAUUGGUCUUGUUCCAUGUGCCAUUGGAGGAUCCCAUUUGAAAGAAUGGGUUAAAGGGACUGAUAGGUAUGAUAAUUUGGUUGAAAGGAUUAGGGCUUCGGAAAAAGAUGGAGGGAAAGUUAAGGGAUUUUUGUGGUAUCAAGGAGAGUCUGAUGCUGCUGUUGAAGAAGAAGCCAUGUGUUAUGAAAGAGAGCUCACUAAAUUCUUCAUCGAUUUGCGUGCUGACACGAACCAUCCUGACCUACCCAUCAUCAUGGUGAAGAUAGUAACUCAUGAUUUUUUCUUAAGUCCAAAUAUAAGCUUCAAGGAGGAAGUAUUGAAGGCUUUGGAGGCAGUCACGCACAACCUACCAAACGUAACAAUGGUGGACGGUCCCAUGGCAGUGGGCAACUUUGAUGAUGGGCUUAAUGAAGAUAAAGGUCAUCUCAAUGUUAAAUCUGAAGUCAAAUUAGGCAAAAUGUUUGCUCAUUCCUUUUAUUCAAACUUUGCCCACAACUUCCUUUUCUAAUUAAUUAUGUGCCCACGAAAAUGAUGACACUAAUUCAAUGAAUUAAUAAACCUCUCCUUAAACAUUA